AUGGGCUCUACCAACCGGUCAGAUUCCACUCCGCAGGCGACCUUGGACCAUUUCCAAUCAAUACCAUGGUGUUCGCCACACCUCGCAGAUCCAGCAUUCCGGCGCGUGAGCAUGUCUCGCACGCUGACACAGCCGGGCAACGGCCACUCGCUGAUGGCCGAGACGUGGAACACGGACCGAACAAUCACACAUCUUCUCUCGAUGUACCGGCGACCUGACCCCGCGAAGGGCCAGACGGGCGAAGUGCGGCGCUUCUACACGUUUGGCACGGGCAUGAAUGCGCAUCCCAGCACGCUGCACGGCGGAGUCAUCGCCACCAUCCUCGACAGCACCAUGGGGAACGUCAUCGGACAGCAGCUGCGCGACCCGGCCGCGACUUUUACCGUGGCGCUGAAUGUGUCGUACAGGAAGCCUGUGACCACGCCGGGGACCGUCAUGGCCAGGUCGUGGAUCACAAAGGUAGACGGGCGGAAAAUCUGGGUGCAUGGCGUCGUCGAGGAUGGCUCGGGCAACGUCCAUGCAGAGGCUGAUGGGAUGUGGCUUCGCGCGAAAGCAAAGCUGUAA